CGUUGUCCGUAGAUACAGACCUACACCGAAAGAAGAAGAGAGAUGCUCGGAUUUAUCUUGUAUGGGUAGAUAGACAACAAAUAGGCCCUGUUAUCGCUAAAGCUUACCUACAUCUCAUGUAAUGUAUGCUGCUAGAUGCUGUAGACUGCAUGCAAUGCAGUAGGAUGGCAGCGGUAGUAAGAACCAUAAUCAAGAUUUCCGAUAUUAAUCAGACAAACCAGAUAAAAAAACACACGAGAAAUGCCCCGCCGAAACAGUUUCAUCAUGGUAUUACCAGGACAUGACUGCACUAGACUACACCGAAGUGGAAUGGUAUGUGGAUGGGAGUUAUGCGCCGAUGCAGAGGCCCGCCAACAGAUUGAGCCCUUGCAACGGUCAUUGGCUGGCGGGGUCGAAAGGAACGGGAACGAGGGGCAUUUCAGUGCAUUCAGCGCAUUCAGUGGUCUAUGCGUGAGAUGGUUGACAGGGCAACCGCCACUUUCCCGCACAGGCCCUGUAACUGUCCUGCAACUGGCCCUGGGCUUGCCUCUAGACUUGCCUGGGGCGCUGCCCGGGGGGCCCAGCGACAGGCGCUAUCAAUACCUAGCGGCGGGAGCUUGGGGGCAGCUUGGGGGAGACUGCACGCCAGGAAAGGUUCAGGGAAGGUUCAGUGGGGCAGACCUAGCGUCCCUGCUCUUGUUUACAUCCAACUCCUGCCCAAAUAGAGGCGGCUGCAGCUCCCGUCGACAAACAACACACACCAACAACACAUUCCACAUUCCUCUUCUUCCACACCCACCACCAGCACACACACAACAUCACAGCUGCAACCGCACUGACGCUGACGCUGAUGCUGACGCAAAAGCCCUCUCUGCCACUUCACCAUUGCAUUAUUCUUCUUGCCACUGCUGCGCAUUGCAAGACUUUUCCUUGAAAUAUAUUCAACCUAGAACCCUGUGCGCGCAACGCAACGCACUGAGACCUUUGUGACCGUUGUUAUCGCUUGCUUGCUUGAUUGUUGCCGUUUCGCCCGUGAGCUCGUGAGCUCUGCCUAGCAGCCAGCAGCACAGUCUCGCGACACCACAAACAAACGCGCGCAAAGCUGGU